CGGUAACUGGGUGUAGCCCGUGCGGAGAAGUCCGUUGCUCGCUGGCUAUGGCGGGCGGCACGUUCCCUUCCCCUUCCCCUUGCCCUUGCCCCUCCGAAUCGCGCGACUCCGGGCACUGUGUGGGUUCUAUCAAGAGGAUUCCCCUCCGUUGUGCUUUGUGUGCAACUGGGUUCGGAUUCGUUUUUGGUGCCUCGUCGUGUUGUUGUGUGUCUCGGGAGCUCGGGGUGUUUCUUCGUGGAGGUGGGGAGAUUGUUGCGCUUCGUUUCAUGGGUAGCGUUGCUGGUGGCCCUGUUGUUGGGGAGCCUGUGGAAUGUGGCUUAUAGGAGUGUCAAGAUUUGCCGAUCAGUACCUGUAACUGAGGUUUUGGUUGGGGAAGUAUCAUAGAAACUGGGUUUUUGUUUUUGUUUUUUCGUUUUUCCUCUUCUUCCUAGUUCAUUGUUGUAUCUCUUGUCUAGAUCCUAUCCGCGUAUGUGACCUGACUCGUGAAUACAUUACUCAAUCCUUUUUUUUUUUUUUUUUUUUUUUUUUUUUUUUCGUUAUUUUUUUCUGGUGAAGGUGUAGUUGGGCCAUUUCGUGGUAGCUUUUUUCAGGGUGUGUUCUUUCCUGGGUUAGCCGUUUUAUCUAUGUAAGAUCUUUGCUCUGUUCAUAGUCAGUGGUGCUCAGGUAUGUAAAGUGAAUUGAGCUUCCCUAUCAUAUCGUUGCAACGGAAAACUGUAGGAUGUGGUUUUGUUGGCUCGGUGCUGAUAUUGAGCAAACGUGAUUGAUCAUCUGUCUAGAGUUCCAAGUCUUUCGCAAUGCUUUCUGUACAUGUAGAAUUCAAGAUCAUAACCACAUCGUCCUAUGUCGAUGGCAAGAAUGACAAUCUGAGUGAUAAACUACAGAAGAGUGGUAUGAGGAGAUGUCUCGAAGUGUCCGCGCUACUUUGAGCUUUGUUGGGAGAGUCUUGCUACUGUCGUGUCUUCUACCACCCAUCACCGAAUCAAUCUACCCAUAAAUUCCUCAUGAAUUGUGCAGAUGAAUUUUUUCAUGUAGAAGGUUGCCAUUCUUUAAUAUGAACUCUACUUUUAGUGGGGUUGUGGGUGGAAUAAGGCCCGUCGAAAUCGAGUAUUUCAUGGUUUUUGUGUUAUUAACUGUAUCCCUUAAGAGCCUCCUAAUCAUCGAGAAUAGAACUGUUGGAGUCUUCUCACCUGUGCUAAAAUUAUCGCAAUUGACACAACAUUGGAGGAGUUAAGCUGUUUGAGUACGGGAACAUACUGGAAGCUGCAGAGAUGAAGCCUCGAAGGGUGUGAUCAUUUAGGUCGAGUGGAGUUGCAGUUUCUCGGUGCGCACACUGUAACCGGAACAGAUCAUAAUGGGCCGGGACUCCGGUGUUUUGAUCGGCGGGAAACGGUCUCGGCCAGCUGACGAUGAAGCAUAUUUUGACAAUUUCCACAACCAUAAACGCUAUCUCACUGAGGUGAUGGCAUCAAGUUUAAAUGGACUGCGAGUGGGUGAAUCGACCUCUCAGUCACAACGAUCGUCUCCACCCUUGAUUGACAACAUGGUGUCCCCUGCCCACACGGAGACUGGAGGGCUUUCUCGAUCUGCAUCUUCGUUUCCAACUAGUCAUGGGGACGACCUAUCAACGUUAGACUCUCCUAUGUCUGAUGACAGUGAUGAGAGUGUUGGUUUUCGAAUGGGUCGUGCAGUAGAGAACCCCACUUGCACUCCUGUCUCUACCGUUGAAUCGUUAUCUGUGGCUCCGACUAGCCCUGUGUCUCCGCGUCGGAAAGAGCACUUACCCCCUUACAUUCCAAACUAUAGUGGCACGCUGUCUUCUCGCCAACAGACUCCCCCUCCUUACACUCCUUCACUCCCUUUGCCUUGCUCUCAAGCUCGUGCGAAAGGAACAGAUGCGGAGGGCCGCUUGCCUCCCUCCCCCAGUGACCCUUGCCAAUCUGCCGACCUGAGAAGAGCAGCUCUUUUACGCUCCCUUCAAAUGAGAUCUCAGUCUCCCAUCAGGCCUGCUUCGUCUACAGUAGCACCUGAAGAAGGUGUAGAGAAAGGGGUUGUCCCAGAGGGAUUGGAAGAAGGUGGUGAUCAGUCCUCUCCAGGGCCUUCGGUGCACCCAUCAGGGCUUUCAGGCUGCAAUUGCGAGGACAUAGGACUUACGACCACGACAAUAUUUCCUCCGAUCAAUACCAGGGCAGCAACACGUGUUCGAAGCCUUCUUCUCGAUGAACCGGUAGUGGUUGCCACAAUGGCACUAUCGAGCACACUGCCACAAACUAUUCAGGAUGCGGAUAAUGAUUCUGUUGCUCAAGAAUCUCGGUUUGAACACAAGACUAACCAGCCAAUAAGCCUAUUACGUAGCUGUUCCAAGCUUGCUAGAUCAAUGUGCAGUGAUGUCAUUGUAUCAGACGCGGAGUCGAAACUUCUUCGCAGGGCCUCAGCUACCGUCGAGAAGUCUUGUAAGAGGGCUAAGCCACUUUGAUGUUAUGGACGAAUAAUUACAAAGAUCGACCUUGCAAUAUCUUUUGAAGCUUGCAUUGAAAGCUCGGAUCGACUUCGUGAUAAUUAUGUUACCUCGAAGGGACUACACUUCUCUCAUAGGGCAGUAUCAGCUUACAAGAUCGACUGCCGUGAGUUCAAUUCAAGCUUCGCAAGUUCUAACAUGCUGUCUUUGCCCAUUGCGACGUUUCAGUACAAGUGAGGUCCUAUACUUCAUUGAACACAACCAUAUAUGGUUGGUCAGCUUUCCACUUCUAGGUCUACAUCAGUGUAGCUUCCUACUUACCGAUACUGAUUGGUUUCUUUUCUACACUGGAGUAUUAUUCCUCAAAGACAGUGGAUGGAGUUAAAUAUUAUAUAGUUUGGGGUCUCGAGGAGCCCUUCUCUUCUACCCACGACCAGGCUCCCUCCACAUAUUACUAAUGUUUAUUUUGUACCAUUGCGAACCAUUAUUUUGUAACACUAUACAGUCAAAAACAAAUCAACGUACGUUGUGAAAAAUGUACACUUCUGCUCAUGAA